ACUGUCAUCUAAUAAACACACAGCCAGAACUUGCCUUUUCAAAAAUUUAUUGUUGCCAUAAGGAGGACAAGUGGAAACAUCACAUCAUCUUAAGGACGGUCCUCGCUGUCAUUAAGGAAGACUGCAGGGGAGCAAAAUGUCAGACACUGACAAGAGACUUGAGUUUUUCAGCAACAUCCUGACCAGCUGCAGCAUAAGUUCACUCUGUAAUAACUCUCAGCUGUUGUUCGACAACAUAAGCACUGGCAAUGGGCUGGAGAUUCUUGAUUUUGAAUCCCCCUGGUUAAGAGUAGUCAUCUCGGUGGUGUACUUUGUUGUGGCCACAGCUGGAGUGUUGGGGAACUUGUUAGUGAUGUUCCUGCUGUAUUCUACUCACACCAUCACUACUGGCACCAUCAAUUUCUUUGUUUUUAACCUAGCUUUGGCCCACCUGCUCUUCUCCAUGGCCCUACCGUUCUGGGCUGUGGACCUUGCUCUGGACUACAGCUGGCCCUUUGGCUUGAUCACAUGCAAGGCCGUGUCCUUACUCACCGCGCUGAAUGUCUACGCCAGCUGCUUUUUCCUCACAGCUAUGAGUUUAACCCGCUACUGCUACGUGGCCACUGCUUUCAAAUCCAGCACCUCCCUGUGCAGCAGAUCCUUCACCCCUCCGCUGGCCACGGUUUUUAUCUGGGCUGGAGCACUCGUAGCAGCCGCACCCCGAGCUGUGUUUGCAGACCUGAAACGUGUGGGCAGUGGCAAUGACACAGCAUGCCUGUUCCAGUUCCCAGACGGUACGGCCUGGCUCGGAAUGAACCAGCUCCUGAGAGUAGUGCUGGGAUUCCUGCUGCCCUACGCCAUCAUCAUCCUCUCCUACCUGCUUCUGCUGCGCUUCCUCUGUCGGCACAAGCUGAAAGGCAGCAACUCCCGGAGAAAGGCUGAUAUUUCAAAGUCUGUGGCGGUGGUGGUGCUUUCAUUCUGCGCCUGCUGGUUCCCCUACAACGUCCUCACUCUUUGGAACAUCCUCAUCCAUCUUGACAUCGUUGACAUCAGCCCCUCGUUCUUCUUGGCCCAGACAUACUUCUUCCCUCUGGCCAACUGCUUGGCUUUCACCAGCAGCUGCUUCAACCCUGUCAUCUACUGCCUGGUCAGAAAAGAAUACCGAGUGGCCCUCCAUAAUGUGCUCCUCAAAUUGAGCAUUGCUAUUAUGUCCAAGAUGCCCUAUGGCAUCAGCUCUGAGGAGGGGUCAGGGCAGGCCAUGCAGCUGGCUAUUCCACUCAACAACAUGUACAGCCAGACAUCCCAAACCGAUGCAAGGAAGUACGCAAAAAUGUCAGCAAUCCCAACUGCAGUUUCUGGUCUGUAAAGCCACAA